CGCCCCCCACGCCUCGUCGCCAGACAUUUGCCGAUUCCUUCUGCUUCGAUACACCCCCGUUCGUGAUCGCGCAUUCGCUGUUGUCAGCGCCAGCAACGCCGUAACCGCCGCCCUGCUGUGAUCGGAGAGGAUGAGCCUUGCGCUGGAGCAAACUCUGCUGAACGGGCUCCUCGAUUUCCCGGACGCAAUCGAGAAGCUGGUGUUCUCGUCUAGGCCGCACGAGGCGGGCGGGCGGGAGAAGAGCGCCGGGAACAUUCCGGUGGACAUCCUGGAGGCGCCCAAGGAGUACGUCUUCUACAUGGACGUCCCCGGCGUUUCCAAGUCUGACAUUCAGGUGACCGUGGAGGAUGAGAGGACCCUAGUGAUAAAGACCAACGGGAAGAGGAAACGGGAUGAGACCGAGCAAGACAAGGAGUGCAAGUUCCUGAGGCUGGAGAGGAGGACCUCGGCAUCGCCCAGGCUUAUGAGGAAGUUCCGGCUGCCGGAGGAUGCCAAUGCAGGUGCAAUCAUGGCCAAGUGCGAGAACGGAGUGCUGACCGUGACGGUUGAGAAAGUGCCGCCUCCGCCCAAGUCCAAGACCGUGGAAGUUGCCAUUGCUUAGAGUGUGAAGGGAAGACUACAAAGGGGGAAAAGAAAAACUCGUCAAUUCCGGGGGCUUAGAUAGGAACUUGUUGCUUCUGUAGCCUAAGUGUAUGAUUUCCGUGUUUGCGUUGUGUAUCAUUUGUAUCUACCCUUGGUGUUAAUCCGUAGGCAACAGUCCGGUGUGGAGCUUGAUGGUGUAUCGACUGUGUUCAAGUGGAAUAUCGAUAAGGAACGGAAUAUCCACGUCGAUAAGGAAUGUAAGAGCUUCCCUUGCCUAAUGUCUCCUCCUCUCAAGCGGCUCAAA